AAUCUUGGAAGAUGCUUGACUGCUUGCUGUCUUUUCUCAAACUAGUCUGAAGGGGAAUUCCUCCCCUCCCCCCAGGCAUUCUGGAUUGGUGGAUCUGAAGUACAAAAUAUUUUCCAGUGUUCUGUGCCAAGGUCUUUGUGGCUAGGCUGCGCCAACCUGGUAGAGAGCAUGUGCGCACUGAGUUGCCUGCAGAGCAUGCCCAGUGUCAGAUGUCUCCAGAGCACUUCAGUUAUGGAGGAUCAAAAUGAAGAUGAGUCCCCAAAGAAAAGUACUCUUUGGCAGAUAAGUAAUGGAACAUCAUCUGUGAUCGUCUCCAGAAAGAGGCCAUCCGAAGGAAACUAUCAAAAAGAAAAAGACUUGUGUAUUAAGUAUUUUGACCAGUGGUCUGAAUCAGAUCAAGUAGAAUUUGUGGAACAUCUUAUUUCACGAAUGUGUCAUUAUCAGCAUGGACAUAUUAACUCUUAUCUGAAGCCCAUGUUGCAGAGGGAUUUUAUUACCGCUUUACCAGAGCAAGGCUUAGAUCACAUAGCAGAAAACAUUCUUUCCUACCUGGAUGCCAGGUCUCUGUGUGCAGCAGAGCUGGUGUGUAAAGAAUGGCAGCGAGUGAUCUCCGAAGGAAUGCUUUGGAAGAAGCUGAUUGAGCGAAUGGUGCGCACGGACCCUCUAUGGAAGGGACUUUCAGAAAGAAGAGGGUGGGAUCAGUACCUGUUUAAAAACAGACCCACAGAUGGCCCUCCCAAUUCAUUUUAUAGGUCACUAUACCCAAAGAUUAUCCAGGAUAUAGAGACCAUAGAAUCUAACUGGCGGUGUGGACGGCACAACUUGCAGAGGAUUCAAUGCCGCUCUGAGAAUAGUAAAGGUGUCUACUGCCUACAGUACGAUGAUGAAAAAAUUAUCAGUGGCCUGCGAGAUAAUUCUAUUAAGAUUUGGGAUAAAACCAGCUUGGAAUGUUUGAAAGUAUUAACGGGACACACAGGUUCUGUCCUUUGUCUCCAGUAUGAUGAACGUGUGAUUGUGACGGGCUCUUCAGACUCCACAGUCAGGGUUUGGGACGUGAACACGGGUGAAGUUCUGAACACGUUGAUCCACCACAAUGAGGCUGUCCUGCACUUACGAUUCAGCAAUGGCCUCAUGGUGACCUGCUCCAAGGACCGCUCCAUCGCCGUGUGGGACAUGGCAUCUGCCACUGACAUCACUUUACGCCGCGUCCUGGUUGGCCACCGCGCUGCUGUCAACGUUGUAGACUUUGAUGAUAAAUACAUUGUGUCUGCCUCCGGUGACAGGACCAUAAAAGUCUGGAGCACGAGUACCUGUGAGUUUGUCCGGACUCUGAAUGGGCACAAGCGAGGCAUUGCCUGCCUGCAGUACCGGGAUCGACUCGUUGUUAGCGGGUCGUCGGAUAACACCAUUAGGCUGUGGGAUAUUGAAUGCGGUGCCUGUCUCAGAGUCCUAGAGGGACAUGAAGAAUUGGUCCGUUGCAUCCGGUUUGAUAACAAGAGGAUUGUCAGUGGGGCCUAUGAUGGGAAAAUUAAAGUUUGGGACUUACAAGCUGCUCUUGACCCUCGAGCCCCUGCAAGCACCUUGUGUUUACGCACGUUGGUGGAACAUUCUGGACGUGUAUUUCGGCUACAAUUUGAUGAAUUUCAAAUCAUCAGCAGCUCCCAUGACGACACUAUAUUGAUUUGGGAUUUCUUAAAUGUGCCUCCCAGUGCCCAGAAUGAAACCCGUUCUCCCUCCAGAACAUACACUUACAUCUCCAGAUAACAGUCUGCACUUUGUACCCAUUUCAGGGUUUCCUACUCUUGAACUACUGGCUACAUGGCCACCAAAUGCCUGAGAGAGUUCGUGCACAGCUGAGUUAUGAAGCUGGAGUUGGUUCUAGAUGCUGGGUAGAUUCGGAGCAGCCACACUUUGCAAGUACCGACAUUUCUCACCUGGCUGCUGGCCUCUUCUCUGAGAAGGAUACCUUAGCUUCAUGACUUCAAAUAGAACAGAAGCCCAUUUCCCCUCAAUGGCAAACACAAUCUAAUGCUUCAAAUGUAAAUCGUUCAGACAAAAGGAACAAGCCGUCAGUUUUACCGAAGUAGAUUGACCAUCCAGAGAAGACUUGGCCUCUAAUUUAUAUUGCUUUGCACUUUGGUGUGAUAUUAAGGAACAGCAUUCUUGUCAGAGGAAUUUUGGGUGCCAAACACCUACCCAGAAUGCCCAGGGCUCUCCUUUUCAGAAGUCAGCAUUCUCUUCCUGACCAUCCAAGACAGUAUGAACUCUGACUCGUAUUAGGAGUUUGUUGGACAAUGGGAAAAUCUUUCUGGAUUGUUUUAGUAAUAUUUUUUGGAUUAUACUUUUCUUUCUGAACCAAUUUCUUUUAAUUUAAAGAACUAUAAGCCUAGUUAUAUUACUGCCCCACAGGUAAUAUAGCAGCUUUCUUUUAACUGUUCUCUGUACUGUCUCCUGAUAUUUGGUAGAGUAACACCUUUACAUGUGUGCUUGCCUCCUAAUUUAAAACCCUGUGUCCGCAUGUAGAUAAUAAUGUACAUACAGUGGAACCUCAGGGCCCCUGUGUCCGAGACACUGACGACGAGGGCGUUCACCUUCGGCCACGACGGGCCCGACUGACCCCAGGGGUAAUGUGGAUUACCUUGAACCCUUCCUGCAGUAUUCACACGGUGUUUUUAUUUUGUUGUCAUGGUGUGUGUGUGUGUGUGUGUGUGUGUGUGCGCGCGCGCGCAUGUGAGUUUUAAAUGGGAAUCUUGUUUUAAGAUGUAAUUUCUAAAGUUUAACAAAAUUAAAAUGUUUCAUUUGUUGUGAAUUGUAUAACAAUAGAGAGGUACCUUAACUUUGUUUUGUUUUUUUGGGGUGGUGGUGGUGGUGGUGGUGGUCUUUCCCUUGAACGUACACUUGAGUGCUAGUGGGCAUCUCCCGUAGCAUUCAUUUGGUUUACUGUCAACAAUUACAGCUCUGUGUGUUAGUGACCCAGGGAGGGACAGGAGAAGAAGGUUGUGUUGACUGGGUGUCCCUAGCUCUAGAAUCACUGUAUCCUCCCGCCCGCAGGAGCCACAGGCUACAUCUAGCCAGGGGUCAGCAGGGCCUCCCUCCUUGAAUGUGUGAGCCUGGCUUACGAGGUCAGUCUGGCUCAGAAUCCUAUUCUGAGUGGACACAAGGCCUCAAGCUUGUGAAUACCCAUUCCCACCCCCGGAAUUUGUGGUUAUUUGGCUGUGGCCCCAGCAGGUUCUCUGAGCACCUGAGUACACCGGGUCCCAAAUGUGUGAGUGAUACUGUCACACUGACCAUGCAUGAAGAGGACCCUGCUGUCCAGCCGGCCUUCCUCUUGCCUCAUUCAAUGCUAGGCUUUGAUUUACCCGUUAUUUCCAAAGAUUAAGGAAUGUCGGUAACACUUUAAAGGACCAAUAAACCACCCCCUGGUAAUGAGGGCUUUCCCUGGGAGAGCACACCUGCGCUGCUAAAGGGACAUGCUGGGCUCAGCUCAGUCCUUUGCAUUGCAAAUGGUGUGGGGAUCAAUAUGUGUGAACAUGAUUUAUCGGGAUGGUGUAGCUUCGUAGUUGCCCCUGCCCUCCCCUGCUACCCCCUUCAUUUUUAACAUGGAUCUUCCCCCUCCCGUAUGCUACUUGAUGGGUUUCUGUUUUUGAGGGGUUAAGUAUCAGAGUGUAAGGAACAAAUCUCUGUGGUCCUUAGGUGGCCACUAUAAGUGUGACAGUGGUGUGGCAGUGCGGGGCCCUUUCCCUGCUCCUCACCUAAGAGUUUUCAUAGCAAACUGGUUAGGAAAGUCCGGGGCAGGGCUUGGAGGCAGGGGGAGGCAAUUCUUUGGAAAGGAUAGAUUCUCUGCUGUUGUUUUUGCAUGUCUAAUGAAGUCCCUCUUUGUCCUUGGGAGAUCAUGGCCUUGGACUAUGCACACAGCCUUUGAAUUGUGCCUACUAAAUUAGAGCGGGGCACUUGACACCGAGGAAUUGUGACGGGCUGGGCAGUAGGAAGUCCCAGCCGCACUCUGGGCUUGAUUUUGCUAACCGUAAUUGAGCAACUGUAAAUUACUGCUGUGGUCAUGUUUCAGAACACUCAGCUAGUCUACUUCUAACUUGUAAUUAAUUAUGUUUGCCAAUUAUCUGUUGGAAAUAAAUUUGUGUCUGAACAGCUAUUGAUACUGUUAAAUUGUACAGAUAUUAUUCAUGACAGCUUUGUACUGUGGAAUGUGCUUAAUAAAAAACAAAAAGUUUGACCUUUGUCCAAUGAAUUGCUAAGUAAUGUCAAUAAAUCAAGUGUGAGUAUUAGGCAGUACACCUAAUCUGGCUUCAUGCAAUUGUUACUCCAGCUGCUAAUUCAAAGCCAAUACUCUUAAUAAAGUGUUGCAAUACUCUGA